ACCACGGUUGCGAUUUCACUAAAUUCCUUGCACAAUAUAUUGGAAACAGAUAAGACACGAAGACAAAUUUCCAUCACGUUAACCACUGUCAUUCUUGACAUUGAAUUUUCUCAAAUUACUGCCCAUUAAGUAAACAAUGCUGUUAAACACUGUUCUGUAGAAAACUGUGAGCAUGUGUUCGAUCUCAGGUUUAUGGAGCGUUCGUACAGUAAUGAGCUUUUCUACUCUUACACUCCUACAGUUUGUAAGCUUAGUUUCGUACACGAGCAAAACUAAUAAGUGACAUUUGGUAUAAUGGACGCUAUUUCGCAUCUUUCGUCGACAUGUCCUCAACGAAUCUUGGAAAUCAACUCAAAAGGUGUUACAGAUUACGUCUCUGCAAUGACACGUUCACACAAUCUGGAAUAGUUAUUGACAGAUCAGCAGAGCAUACACAAAUAUCCUAUUUUACGUUCAAAUAUCCGCUCCAUGGCUCUAGGCUGCAAAAAUAAACAAUAUAAAGCUUCCUCCCUUUCUCCAACACUAUUUCACUGAAUGUCAAAACAUUGAUGGGCAAAUAUUUCAAGACAGUAAAAUCAACAAUAAAAUAAUAAUUAUCCUGAAAGUUAUACAAGACGCUACUGCAGACAACUAUCCUAAUAAUCGCACUGAAAUUACAACAGCUACACCCUUUUAUCUUCGUUUGUGGUAUUUUGAUGCACGGUGUUGGUAAGAACCACCUGCAAGGUAAAGGUAUGCACGUGUGACUGACUAUUUAAUAUAAACAGUGUUGUAUUUUUUCGAUUGCACGAUUAAGUACAUAAUCCAGAUGCACUGAAAAAUGUCAUCGGGUGUCUUCUGUGAAAUUUGAAUUGGCGUUCGAGGUUUGUCUUUUUUAAAUCGAGUAUUGUACUUUCGAUACAAAAUUCGACUCGCAGCAGAAGGCUGGUGUUGUAGUGCCGGAUAGUGCAUUAAAAAUGGUGGUGAAAGACAAAGAAGAAGUUUCCGAGCAGAUAGAAUGGAAUGUUGAAACAGAAGUGCAGUUAUUUUAUGCUAUGAUUGGCCACAAACCCGUUGGUGUUAACAAGCACUUCCAGAUGGCUUGCAUCCUUGAGAAGUUCAGAAAUGCUCUGAAUAAAGACGUUUCAUCAAAAGUUAUAUGGGAUCAUUUGGACACAAUGUAUGACAUGCAGGCCUUGGAUGACACCGAGAACCUGCCCUUUCCUAAUGAUGAUAAGGACUUUUGUCUUCCUGAAACAGAGUUUGGUGAUUUGAUGGAAGAAAAAGUGAACUCGGGCUCUAGUAUGGAACAAUCAUCCACGGAUAAUGAGGUCAAGAAAGAGCCAAAAGCUGUGAAAGAUGUGAUUAAAAAGGAAGUGAACAACAAAGAGGUAAAGGAACCUGUUGCGAAAAAAGAAGGAAAAGAAAUCAAAGACACAUUCAAGGAAAUAAAGAGGGAGUCCAAGGAACAUACAAAGGAACCCAAGAAAAUCAGCAAAGACAAAGACUUUAGAAGAGAAAGUAAAGACAGUAAAGAUGGAAAAAAGGAAAACAAGAAGGAAGUUAGGGAAACACCGAAAGAAAUUAAGGUAGAAUCUUUGGAGAGUAAAGAUGUCAGGUCACAUAAGGUACACCGAACAAGCACAAAAGAAAGAAGGGAGAGUAAGAAAGAUGAUAUAGAAAAGGAUGAUACUGUAGCCACGUCUUCCAUAAAGAAAGAACGCUCCAAGGACUCACACGAACAUAGACAGGAAGAUACCCCAAAACGUAUUGCUAGUGGUGUUGGGAACAGUAGCAGUGGUGGGGGUGGUGGAGCAAACAGUGGGAGUGGCACUGGUGGAGGUGGUAGUGGUAGCAGUAGCAGCAGCAGCAAGCGUUCAACAAGGGGUGCUCUGAAGCCGGAUGAUGUAAGUUCCAGCAAGUCAUCGAGUCCAAUCAGCGCACCUACUCCUCCCCCAUACAAAAGGAGAAGAACAUGACAAUUACGGCGGUUUUAGAUGCUUCCAAGUUUUGUUUUGUGAAGCACCUUGAGACUUCAGUAUUUGUAUUAGUAAUGUCUUAAACAGCUUUACAUCCAGAAGGAAUAAUUUCUCUUUCACAAAGAGAUAAUUUUACCAUUCUUUAAAGGAAGUAAUGUUUCUGUGUGCAUGCAUGAGUUGAAAUUACAAAUGCAAGUAAUUCAUGUUGAGGAAAUUUAUGGUUAAAUGGGUCCAGGCAAUAAUAUUUCAAGUUACAUAACACGAAGAUAAAAUCAUAUAAUCCUAAGAAGAUCCCAUACCAAUGUGUAUAAAUGACCACUUGUGGAGAAAUAUGAAGAAGCUUACAGAAAAAGAUGAUGGCAACUUCUGAUUCAAGACAAACAUCCAUCACUCUCAACAAUGACUGUAAUCUUAACCUCUUCGUGUACUGGCAAAUAGGCUGUGUUUGAUGUAUAAGACAUAUUAUCUUGCUGGUUGGUGUGUGUUUUAUGCAGGCUAUGAAGCUUGUUUAUUUGUUCUGUAGAAACAAUGUUGUUAUAUUUUGUUGUUCUUUGCUUGCGUGCUAUUAUGUAAGAAAACACAAAUUUUCCUGUGAUUUGGUUGUUUGAAAAUGUGGAUUGUGACUUCAGUAUGGUCUUCUGCUUUUAUAAUUAGUAGUCAUCAUGAAUCUAUUCUACAGCUAAAAAGUAUGUAUCUCAGUAAGAUCUGACUAUAGGAAAAGGGACAUAAUUGUGUUGUAUCAGUUAAAUUAUUCAAGUAUUUAUUUAACAUAUUGUCUGAUCAUAAAUUCAAUGAAAUAUUUUGUGUACAGAGCUGCCAAGGAAUAGAUGCAUUGUUGCAUGCACACCAUAUCCUAAUGCAGUAUUUGAGUAGUGAAAUUGUGUGCAGCAAUUAAUAAAAGCAUGUUGAGUUCAGCAGAAGCAAAAUCAUUGAUUGUGAAUGAGGUUUGUAUCAGUGUGAGAGUGACGUAGUUGCAUAAUUUUGACAUAAAUUCAAAUAGUUUAUGGUGCUUGAUAGAAUUAGAAAACAAAUCUUAACACACACUUUAGGUACAAUAGGUAUCUAUUGAAAUGUCACACAAAACUGGAAUUGGUUCAGUUAAAUAUGCAACGUUUCUGUAGUGCAGAGUAAUCUAUAGAUUUGAAGCUAGUUAUAAAUAUACAAAAUAUUGGCUAUAGUGGUGCAUUUUAAAAUUGGCUCAGAGACUGGUAAUAAAUAUGUUCUUAAUAAUAUCAGUCGCCACAAGAUAAAAAAAGAUUCUGAAAUUUUCAGAACUAUAGAAAUUGAAUGUAGAGUAAUUCAAAGAAUUAAAAAAUUCUGUGGAGAAAUAGACUCCUCCGUGGAUUCCGUAUUAUCAAAAAAGCAAAGACCAUACACAAGUAUUUCCAAGAUCAAUGCAAAGACAAUUUGGAACAAUACUGAGCAUGAAACUAAUAAACUUAGCCAGGCAAAUGAAGAUCUUUAUUAGUUUCUCCAUGUUCUGAUGGUGCUAAUUCUGCUACUGUAAGUUCAAUUAAUAAAAAUCUGCUCUAGUUGCUAAUAAGAAUGUUAUGAAGUCCACAACCGGUUUGACAUUGCCUCUUUACAGCAUAUUUUUCAGAUCUCUGUGAAAAUGACCUGGUGUAAAGGCCGAAAACAGUCAAGGACUUAAGUUCUCAUUACCAACUGGAAUGGUUUUUCAUUAAUUAAAUGAUCAAUUAACUAAUGACAGUGUGGCGGCUGAUCUGAAAUUCAAAUCAUUGGCCACUAAACUUAACGAAUUCUUCCUGAAAAUAGCUGAAAACAUAGACAAAAAUUGGACCAUCAAGACAUUGGAUACUUUGCGAACAGACACGCUUUUCUCCAAAUCAACUGUUAGAGAGAUCACAAAAAUUAUGAGGACACUGAAAAGCAUUAACUCCUCCUGGUAUUUCAGUUGAAGUAUUUAAAUCUUGUGCUGACUUCACAGCCCCCCCCCCCU